AUGGUCCCGCGCCAGGACAACCAUGCCCGUCCACCACCCGCCCCUCGUCUCUGGUCGCGCCUGUCCAACUUCUCCAAGAAGUCCUUCAUCUCCUUCUCCUCGUCCUUCGAAGCUGACGACGAGCGCUCCGAAUCCGAGGAGGACGACGACGACUACGACUACCACCAUCGCCAGCUUUUGUUUCCCGCCAUGUCCGGCCGCAACGGGGACCGCCGUUAUGGGCGUGAUGACGGAUCGCCGCCGGGCCGCUACAGUGGUGAGGACACGAGGCCGACCUCGCAGAAGGAGCUCGCCGGAUGGUAUGCCUACGCCUUUGCUGCCGAGACCUAUGUCAUCUGUGCUAUUGGCUCUUUCAUUCCCAUCCUCUUAGAAACCCUCGCUCGCGAAAAUGGCGUUCUGCUCUCCGACCGAACCACCCCCUGCGGCACCAGCGAUUCGAAGAACAAGGCUGACGGCCAAUGCGUCGUCUACGUCCUCGGCGCCGAGGUCAACACGGCCAGCUUCGCCAUGUACACCUUCUCCAUUAGCGUCCUCGUCCAGGCCCUGCUCGUCGUCAGCAUCAGCUGCGCCGCUGACCACGGCAACUUUCGCAAGAAGCUGCUCCUCGGCUUCGCAUGGACCGGCAGCGUUGCCGUCAUGAUGUACAUCUUCGUCAGCGCCAACACCUACCUCUUUGGCGCCCUCCUCGCCAUCGUCUCCAACACAUCCUUUGGCGCAUCGUUUGUGCUGCUCAACUCGUUCCUGCCGCUCUUGGUGCGUCAUCACCCCGACGUCAUCGAGGCCGAGAACAAGCAUGUUCCCGACUUUGCCCAGACGGACCUCGAGUCUCAGCCCAUGAGGGGGGCUGGCGCCGAUUCGGACGCGGCACCUGCGGACCCCGAUGCGACGUCACCGCUGCUCUCGAACGCCGAGGACAUGGUCACGCCCGACUGGCCGCGCAAAGCGACACGCGAGGAGCUGACGUCGGUGGAGUUGAACCUGUCGACACAAAUCUCGGCCAAGGGCAUCGGUAUCGGCUACACGGCGGGUCUGUUCCUUCAGUGCGUUGCCAUUGGCGUGCUCAUUGCCAUGCGCAACACGACGUGGUCGCAACGGGUCGUCCUCUUCAUGGUCGGUGCCUGGUGGGCCAUCUUCACGUUCCCCGCGGCGUCGUGGCUUCGACCGCGACCGGGGCCGCCGCUGCCCAUUGUCGCGGCCAGCGGGUUCUCCGGCAUGUGGGCGUGGGUGGGCUAUGUCAUAUACGCGUGGAAGUCGCUCUUCAAGACGAUCAAGCUGGCCCGGCGACUCCUCGACAUAAUGCUUUUCCUGGCCGCCUGGUUCCUCCUCUCCGACGCCAUCGCGACCACCUCGUCGACGGCCAUUCUCUUCGCCAAGACGCAGCUCCACAUGAAGCCCUGGGCGCUCGGCAUGAUCAACGUCAUUUCCACGUUGGCCGGCGUCAUUGGUGCCUUCAGCUGGGCGUUCAUCUCGCGCCACUUCGGGCUGAAACCGCACCAGACGAUUCUCGCCUGCAUCGGGCUCUUUGAGGUCAUCCCCGUCUACGGACUCCUGGGCUACCUCCCGUUUGUGCAGACCUGGGGCGUCGGCGGCCUGCAGCAGCCGUGGGAGAUGUAUCCCCUCGCGGCGGUCUACGGCUUCGUCCUCGGCGGUCUCAGCGGGUACUGCCGCUCGGUGUACGGCGAGCUCAUCCCGCCGGGCUCGGAAGCGGCAUUCUACGCGCUGUACGCCAUCACGGACAAGGGCUCGAGCGUGUUUGGCCCAGCGAUUGUCGGCGCCAUCAUUGACCGGUGGGGGCACAUCCGGCCGGCGUUCUGGUUCCUGGCGGCGCUCGUAGGAUUGCCGGCGCCUCUCAUCUGGUUUGUGAACGUUGAUCGUGGCAAGCGCGAGGGCGAGAAGCUGGCCGAGACGAUCGACAGCUUCAAGGUGCGGCAGGCGUCGGAGGAUGCGGGCACAGAAACUGACAGCGGCAGCGAGGACCGGCCCAUCCUCAGUGCGUACGAUGACGACGACGACGACUACGAGGAGAACGACAGGCGCCACUGA